AGCCCGCGAAAACCUUCUCACCCACAAAGAAAGAAACACACAGCACCGCAAUCCAUGGAGAUUAGGGUUAGGGUUUCUUUCUCUUUCCCUCAAUCCUCCUGAUCAUGGCCACCGUGCUGUUGAAUUAGAAAAGAAAAGAAAAGAAAAAAAAAAAAUAGAACCCCUAGUAUAGUGCAGAGCGAUUAUAUAGCUCUGCAAAAGCCCUGGAAAUCGGAGCUUUCUCGGUAGUGUAUAGGUUGCAGAUCCAUGGUGAUGGAUGAAGAGAGGGAAGACGGAGGAGGAGAGGAAGCUCUGGAGGAAAUUAACGUUUUGGGCGAGUCAAAUCAGCCGGAUAAAUUGGAUGUGGUUCAAGAGAUAGUGGGUGUGAUUGAAUCUGUGGCUCAGUUUGGAGAGUACAGAAGGACACAGAAGAAAGCAUGCUACGGAAUUGUUAGGCGCAUGAAGCUCUUGUUGCCACUUUUUGAAGAGAUCAGGGACCUCGAAACUUCGAUUCCGGAGACGGGUAUUGCUUGGUUGUGUAAUUUGAAGAAGGCGCUUCUUUUGGCGAAGAGGUUGUUGAAAACUUGUAACGAGGGGAGCAAGAUUCAUCUGGCAUUGGAAAGCGAGGCGGUGAUGAUCAGAUUUUAUGCCGUCCAUGAAAAGUUAAUUCAAGCUUUGGAUGGUUUACCUAGCGAUGAACUUGGGGUCUCCGAUGAAGUGAAAGAACAGCUUGAGCUAAUGUGCUUGCAACUUAGAAGAGCAAGGAGGCGAACGGAUACACAGGACAUAGAACUAGCAAUGGAUAUGAUGGUGGUAUUUUCUAAAACGGAUGACAGGAAUGCUGACAGUGCCAUAAUAGAAAGAUUAGCAAAAAAGCUGGAUCUGCAUACAAUUGAGGACCUUAAUAGAGAGACAAUAGCUGUAAGGAACCUUGUCAGAGAAAGAGGGGGGCAAAAUGCAGAGACUACCCAACAUAUCAUUGACCUUCUGAACAAAUUUCGACAAGUUGCAGGCAUGGAAGCAACUAAUGUUCUUGACGAUCCUGUUAUGCCUAAAAUGCUUGCCAAGUGCCCUUCUUUAUUGAUCCCUCAUGAAUUCCUCUGUCCAAUCACACUCGAGAUUAUGACAGAUCCUGUUAUUGUUGCAAGUGGGCAGACAUACGAGAGAGAAAGCAUACAGAAGUGGUUUGACUCCAACCACAGGACCUGUCCAAAGACCAGGCAAACUCUGGCUCACCUGUCAUUAGCACCAAAUUAUGCUCUCAGGAAUUUGAUCUUGCAGUGGUGUGAGAAGAACAAUUUUCGGCUUCCUAGGAAAGACAGCCGUGUAGGCCAGGAUGCUUCCUCAGCCGAACACAAAGAGAAAAUCUUGUCAUUGGUUAAAGACCUAUCUUCUUGUCUGCUAGAAGUGCAGAGAAAGGCUGUAAAGAAGAUCCGAAUGCUCUCAAAAGAGAACCCCGAGAACAGGGUUUUGAUUGCCGAGAGUGGAGGAAUUCCACCGUUGGUGCAGCUCCUAUCCUAUCCGGAUUCUAAAAUUCAAGAGCACGCCGUGACAGCGCUGUUGAAUUUAUCCAUUAAUGAGACUAAUAAGAAACAAAUAUCUAGAAAAGGAGCCAUUCCAGCUAUAAUAGAAGUCUUGCAGAAGGGAAGUAUUGAGGCUAGGGAGAACUCUGCAGCAGCUUUAUUUAGCCUAUCAAUGCUGGAUGAGAAUAAAGAAACUGUGGGGUUAUCAGAUGGGAUUCCACCAUUGGUAGAUCUGUUGCAGAAUGGGACGAUUAGAGGCAAAAAAGAUGCUGCAACUGCACUCUUUAACUUAUCUCUCUACCAAGCAAACAAGGCCAGGGCUAUUAGUGCUGGUAUUGUGCCCCCCUUGCGCCAGUUAGUGAAUGACAGAAACGUAGGCAUGGUUGAUGAGGCACUUUCCAUCUUCUCACUUCUUGCAACACACCCAGAUGGACGGCAAGAGAUUGGACAGCUCUCAUUUAUUGAAACUCUUGUUCAAAUCAUCCGAGAAGGAACCCAUAAGAACAAGGAGUGCUCAACAGCAGUUCUUCUUGAGUUGGGAUCAAACAAUUCAUCUUUCAUAUUGGCAGCGCUUCAGUUUGGAGUAUAUGAGCACUUGAUCGAGAUUACAAGGAGUGGAACCAACAGAGCACAAAGGAAAGCGAAGGCACUUUUGCAGCUCAUUAGCAACAGCGAACAGAUUCCCUAAAGUUACAUAACUAAAUUUCCAAUUUGGUGGUUAUGCAUGUUUUCUUGUGUUAAUGUUUCCAUGUUCAUAUUGAAUGGAACCUUACAUUUGCCUGUAAUCUAGUUAUUAACUUAUAUGAACAACCAUCUAAGCCAAACAAUUUCUGCAGAAGUAUGAGCCACGGUAAUUGUAUGUAGCUUUUGAACUAGAUUGAGAAAAAAACCAUAUUUUGCUUCUUACUUCUCCAAAUCAGCAUCUGAAUAUGAUACUGAUCAGAAUACAGACAACAGUAACUCAAUGCUAAGAACAUGGACAACAUAAGUAAUAUCAGGCAGACUAAUUCGAAGAUACACAAGACACCCUUUAAUUUGACGAUGCAGAGAAGAAUUCUGCAGAGGAACCCCAUCAGUAGUCUAUGUAUCACUAACACGCUCAUCAGUUUUUCAAAAGCAUGUUGUAUUUACAGAAGAUAUGAACUUUUAGAUGCUCCUAUUAGAUCUCACACAUGAAAUCUCACAUGAACUUCUUAUUUUUAUCCAGGGGUGAAGGUACAUUUGUAUGGAAAUUGCAUAUAAUAAAAAGUUCACUCCUUUUUAUAGAUGAAAUCCUACGUGAGUUCCAUAUACAGUGGCUCUUGCACACAUUAAAUACAAUUCUCCCACAUUACAUGUCAAGCAACAGUGCUGAUCACCUUGCUACACUUGACUGAGAUCUCCUGCAAUUUUCCCAAUGAUGAGCAAUGUUAUCUCAGUGCAUAAAAAGGAAGAAAAGCGAAAAAGGUACCCACUGAUGAGCCACGUCAUCUCAAUGCAUAAAAAGAAAGAGAGGGAAAAAAGGUGAAAGAAGUUAAAAGACCAAAGGGA